AUGGUUGGCCUUUUAAUUUUAGUCGCCUUCACAACGCCUGCACUUGCCCAGUCCAACUCAACGGCUCUCGAGGGCUGGCAGUUCGAUGACGAUUCACGCUCAAGUUGGGACAUUUUCUGGACCUGCCUUUCAACAAUUCUUGCAUGCACAUGGACUGCGCUCCAUUUGGCAGUUCCAAAGAGAGACGAUGCAGAGAGCACCCAGAUAAUUUGGAAGCUUAUAUCAUGGAUAUGUGCCGUUCUCGCCCCGGAGCUGAUGGCUGGGCUCGCGGCUGAGGAGCUUUUAAGGGUGAGGGCAAUAGUUGCGCGCUGUAAUACUGCGUUUUGCAAGCUGUCCAAUGAGUCCAUUAGGCCAGUCUCAUUACCCCUUGAGACUCCAGCUAGAGAGGAACAGGGCUCUGGUGGAGAAGAGACCUCACACAAGGAGAAAAUUACGCCAAUUCAGCCAAAAGAGGCCUCAACACGCGAAGAAGAGGCUUCGAAAAAAGAGGAACAGGCUUCAAGUGAGGAUGAACCCAAACCAUCAGCUGUUUGGUGGUCUACAGUCCAGGGAUUCUGUUUGGUCAUGAAUGGAGUCCUUAUUCAGACCAAAGACGGUUGGACCUACCCAGUUCAACCGAAUAAUGUCGUUCCAUUCAUCGAGGCUGGCGUCGUGAAGCCGUAUCACUUGAGAGUCCGCGACAUCGAAGACCGAGCCAAAGCCGACUCUUUUGCAAAAGGAUUUACCUUGUUGCAGAGCCUUUGGGUGACUUGCAACAUAAUUGCAAGGCGCGCAUAUAGCUUACCAAUCUCGCCACUUGAGUAUUCAACCGUGGCAUAUGUUGCCUGUGCUGCCGUCACUUAUAUAACAUGGUGGCAUAAGCCAAGAGACAUGACAACCCCCAUCCUUAUAUUCUUAGCAUACGACAAAGACGAUACAGAUAUGCCAUUACAGAUCAGGAAGACCCUGAAUGAGGGACACGGAUCUUGGGUUCAAUCACAUAAAGCUGUGCCAGAAGACUCAUCUUCGCUACUGGAAAACUUGCUCAUGCCGCUAAGAAUAGCGGGGAGAUUACUCAUAUUGCCCUUCACGCCGAAAGGAUGGACAUUAAUUAUCGAAUCUGUUACCAAGUCCCUGGCGAAUAUGAAGGAGACCUCGUUAAGCAAUGAUCCACCUCCAAGCAGCCACCACCAAGAUGAGGAAAAUGCUCUACCACCGAAGCCGGUCGAUGAACCCCAGCAAUCAUCCAACAAGGUCAGAGACCCACACGAGAGUCUGAGUAUUUUGAGCAGCUUCAACCUCACCAAUUUCUACAUGUUCGUGGCUCUACUUUUUUGUGGAGUACAUGUUGCUGCGUAA